ACCUUCUUCAUCCAAACACGAAUUCGAGAAAGAGCGCAGAGAGUCUCAAUGGCAUUGCCGAACCAGCAGACCGUUGAUUACCCGAGCUUCAAGCUAGUGCUCGUCGGCGAUGGCGGCACAGGCAAAACGACGUUUGUGAAGAGGCAUCUUACUGGCGAGUUUGAGAAGAGAUAUGAGCCAACGAUUGGCGUGGAGGUUCAUCCACUUGAUUUCUUCACCAACUGUGGCAAAAUCCGGUUCUAUUGCUGGGACACUGCUGGACAGGAGAACUUCGGUGGCCUCAGAGAUGGAUACUAUAUCAAUGGCCAAUGUGCAAUCAUAAUGUUCGAUGUCACUGCUCGGUUGACUUAUAGGAACGUUCCCACGUGGCAUCACGAUCUUUCCCGGGUCUGUGAGGACAUUCCUAUUGUUCUGUGUGGGAACAAGGUGGAUGUGAAGAACAGGCAGGUGAAGUCCAAGCAGGUCACAUUCCACAGGAAGAAGAACUUGCAGUACUAUGAGAUCUCAGCAAAGAGCAACUACAACUUCGAGAAGCCUUUCCUCUAUCUCGCAAAAAAACUUGCUGGGUAGCCACCAUUGCCUCUGCAUUUCCCUCUUAGGAUUACAGCAGUACUAAAGAGUGACGAUGUUCAAUGUUGUUGUCUACUGAUUCCAGGGAUCCUAAUCUGCGUUUCGUCGAGAGCCCUGCCUUGCAGCCUCCAGAGGUCCACAUCGAUUUGGCUGCACAGCAACGGAUUGAAGCUGAGCUUCUUGCUGCUGCCAAUCAACCAAUUGCGUAUGACGACGAGGAUGAUAUCUUUGACUGAAAAGAAGGCGUCGACAGUGUAAAGCUAGCGUAGAAGAUUUUGAACUUGAGGAUGAUUUUGUAGGAUUAUGUCUAACGCGGCGCUAAGUAGAUAGAAAUAUUCGUGUGCCAUGAAGGCUUAUUGUAGCAAAGGUAGUUGACGUUGGUAUCGUUUGAAAAGAAAAUUCUAUCUGAUUUUGGUGGAUUUCUACAUUUUCUUGAGUUUCUUUUGUAUUGGAAAAUGAGUG